ACUCUUUAACAAAUUGAACGGAAAUAAAAGGCCUUCUCAUUUAACUAGGAGACCGAUAGAAGAAAGGACUUGAGCUCCUCCUCCUCCUUAACGCAGGGCGAUCCUUGUUCUCCCAUUGACGACCCAAGUUCGUCAACCAAAAACCCUAGAUUGAAGUCAGAAGCUGCGUUCCGACUCGAAACCCGGGAAAGAUGUUUUUUGAAGGAUUUGGUUACCAUGGGACUUCCUUUGAGCAGACUUAUCGAUGUUACCCGGCAUCCUUUAUUGAAAAGCCACAGAUUGAAGUUGGCGAUAAAAUUAUAAUGCCUCCGUCGGCUCUUGAUCGUCUUGCAUCUCUUCAUAUUGAUUACCCUAUGCUGUUUGAGCUACACAAUGCUGCCACUGAGAGAAUUUCACAUUGUGGUGUCCUGGAAUUUAUCGCGGAAGAAGGGAUGAUUUAUAUGCCAUACUGGAUGAUGCAAAAUAUGCUUCUGCAAGAGGGAGACAUUGUCCGUGUCAAGAAUGUAACACUUCCAAAGGGUACAUAUGUCAAGCUGCAGCCUCACACAACAGACUUCCUCGAUAUAUCAAACCCAAAGGCCAUCUUGGAAACAACAUUAAGAAACUUCUCAUGUUUAACAACCGGUGACAGCAUCAUGGUAGCUUAUAACAAUAAAAAAUACUACAUAGAUAUCGUGGAGACAAAGCCUUCUUCUGCAAUAAGCAUUAUUGAGACAGACUGUGAGGUGGAUUUUGCGCCGCCUCUUGAUUAUAAAGAGCCAGAACGACCUCAACAACCCUCUAUCCCAUCAAACAAAGCACCGGCCCAAGUUCAAGAGGCUGAACCUGAAGAACCAAAAUUCAGCCCCUUUACUGGAGCUGGAAGGCGAUUAGAUGGGAAGCCUUCAAAGAAUCCAGCCCCGGCGAGCUCUUUGCCUUCAAAACCAGCUCAGCCUGAAGCAUCUAGCAGCGCGAAGCAGCCUGCAUCAUCUACUUCUCAGAGUGGCUCUUCAAGGCAAACUGCAGGGAAGCUUGUAUUUGGUUCUAAUGCAAAUACUGCUCCGAAAGAAGCACAGAAGGCACCAACGAAAGAAGAGCCGCCAACGAAGGAAGAGCCAAAGUUCCAGGCUUUUACCGGGAAGAAAUAUUCAUUGCGGGGCUGAUCAUGUCACCGCGAUGCAUGCUUCUCUUUCUUCCGUAGGCAUCAAGAAGCAUCAGAUUGUGCUAGGAUUUAAAGGGAAUGUAUCUGAAAAAAUAUUUAUUUCCUCAACUCUGCAUAGUUUGUGAUUUCAAAGAUAACACCUACCUUAAAAUCUGUCAUAUUUAUUGGGCGCAAAACUGUUCAAGAGCUAUGGGUGCGUUGUGGGGACUCCUGCAUAUUGACUGCAAACGUUCUCAUGAAAUUGAGGAUUACAGAUACAUCACUUAUUAAUCCUGUCUUUGUGUUGUAUGAUUACAUUCCUUUGGUAUGAGGUCUGUUUCUUUGGAA